GAUGAUUCCACCGAGGAUGCAGCCGAAACCCCGGAAAUAAAGUUAAAUGUGGCCAUGUGGGAUUUGAAACACUGCGAUCCCAAGCGCUGUACAGGUCGAAAGCUAGUUCGCCUUGGACUGUGUCGAAUCUUGAAGCUCGGUCAGCGGUUCAAUGGUCUGGUGCUUACACCUGUAGCAACGCAGUGCGUCUCUCCCUCUGAUCGUGAUAUCGCCCUCGAACAUGGUCUCGCUGUGGUGGACUGCUCCUGGAAUCGACUGGAGGACACUCCCUUUCAUAAGAUGAAGGGAAGACAUCUACGCCUUCUGCCGUACAUGGUCGCAGCUAACCCGGUCAACUAUGGCACCCCCUGCAAACUGUCCUGUGUCGAAGCACUUGCGGGGGCGAUGAAAAUUCUCAGCCUGGACGAUGCCUUUCACCUGUACCUGAGCAAGUUUAAAUGGGGCCCUUCAUUCAGUGAUCUCAAUGAGGAAAUUCUCCAACGAUACUCCACGUGUUCCAAUUCUGAAGAUGUUAUAAAAAUGCAGUCAGAAUUUAUGGACAAGAGUACAAUAACUGAACAGAAUCGGAACCUUGAUUUGCCACCAAGUGAAAGCGAAAGCGAUUGA